AUUGUAUCUGUGUUGGACCCAAUUGCUUGGGCACAUCAGCAAAUCAAUGAUCAGCCCCCUGCCUAUUACAACCUGCCGAACCCAUAUAAACUCGGUCCGACGCUCCUUGUUAAUGGUCGCAGCAUUAUGUUAGAGCAGUUUCGACAGUGGAGAGGCAUAUGGGGGUUCGUGAGUCUGUGUUGAACAUAGUAAUGGCUUACUCAGGUGGUUCUCAGGGAUAGAGGAGCUCCAGAAGCAUAGUGUAGUACCCGGUUAUUGCCGUGACAUUGGUAAAUGAACGAUCGGAAACUACUCGCAUUACCAGAUUGACAGUACAUGUGAUUAAUCGAAUUGUUCCACGUGUAGCUGUAGCAGCUAGUAGCCCCAGAUGGUCCGUACAGCUACACGCCGCUUGCAUGAAUCCUCGCAGCCGGUUGUGUUGCGGCACGGAUUUACUACGGCUGCAGAUUGAAACAUCACUAGUGUAGAAUGUCUUUGUUCGACCAACCUCGGGAGUUUAGGGAGAGCUUCUGGAGUUAAAAGCUCUUUGUCAUCCCAACUCCUAGAACGACCUACGUUGUAUAGAUUUUCUCCUCAGAUUACGUGUCAAGCAGCUCACGCAAUCAUACCCCUGUACCUGCACACUAACGAGAUAGAGAAUUGUGAUCAUCAGUCGAAGAAGAGCUAUGGCAUCCACAUACGACUUUGUGGUAGUUGGGAGCGGACCGGCUGGUUGCUCCCUCGCAGCUGAGCUGGCGAAAUCUUCUAAGAAGCCUUCUGUACUUCUCAUUGAAGAUGGUGAAAGUGGGAGUGACCGAAGUCUCCGAGUUGCCGGGCAGCGAUGGACCACCUUCACCAACAAAGCUCUAAAUAGAGGAUACAAGACCACGCCCCAAGAACAUUGCGGCAAUCGUGAGUUAGAUUACUCACGCGGCCAUUGUCUAGGAGGCAGCAGUGCUGUCAAUUUUGGUGUUUUCAGCAUUGGCGCCCGUGAUGAUUAUGACGAAUGGGCUAGGAUCGUAGGCGAUGACGCAUUUCGCUGGGAGCACAUCCAAAAUCGAUUGAAGAGAAUCGAAAUACUUAACAGCAGCUUACCUGCGGGCGUUGACGCAAAAUACGCUGCCCCAAAAGCUGCGGAUCAUGGCAGUUCCGGACCCCUCAAUGUCGGGUACGCGCCCGAGUGGGAGGAAGAUCUCCCUGAGAUGCUCGAUGCGUUCCAGCAGGCCGGAUUCCCGCUGAACCAGGACCACAACUCCGGUAACCCCCUUGGAAUGUCGGUCACAAUCAACACAUUACACAAUGGUCUUCGUUCAACUGCGAUAGAUUUAAUCACCCCCACGCCCGAUAAUUUGACAAUCGUCAGCGGCUCUCCUGUGCAACGCGUUCUCUUGGAUGGGAAGAAAGCUAUCGGAGUGGAGUCCAAUGGAAAGAAAUACCUCGCUUCCAAGGAAGUGAUCUUAAGUGCUGGCGCUCUUGAUACACCCAGAAUCUUGAUGCACUCUGGUAUCGGGCCUGCUAAACAGCUAAACGAGUACAAGAUACCUGUGGUUCAAGAUGUACCAGCAGUAGGCCAGGGUCUGCGUGACCACAUGUUCAUCCCGAUUAUUCACAGUCGAAAGGAAACCAAGGCCACCCGUGCUUCUUUCUAUGGUGACCCGAAGGCUAUGGAGACGGCCUUGGAGCAAUGGAAGAAGGAUGGCACAGGGCCAUGGUCCAAGUACGGAUGCUCGACUGGUAUCGGUUGGUUCAAGUUGGAUGACCUGCCUAAGACGAAGGAGUUCAAGGAUCUUCCCGCCGAUGAGCAGAGACAUUUGCUUCUAGACACAAUUCCUCAUUAUGAGGUGCUCACUCACUUCCCCAUCCACUGGAUCGCUCCCGGUCUCCCUACUUUUGACUACUCUUGUCUCCUAGUUUGGUAUUACAAUGCCCAAAGCCGCGGAGAGGUCACCUUGCAGUCUUCAGAUCCCAACGUCAUCCUCAAGUUUGAUCCCAAAUUCCUCGCAUCGCCUUUUGAUCGCCGAGUAGCCAUCGAGGCUCUACGUAAGGUCUACAACUUCACCAAACACGAAGCGUAUGACAAGGACAACUUAGCACUGCUGUCCGGUCCCAAGUCCGACUCAGAUGAGGAUUUGUUAGAAUACUGGGUUCAGAACAUUGGAUCGAGUUGGCACAUGACUGGAACGGCCAAGAUGGGCAACGCUGGAGACGCAGACGCGGUAGUCGAUAAAAAUUUCAAGGUGACUGGCAUCGAUAACCUUCGCGUGGCUGAUAUGAGCGUCGUCCCAGUUCUAGCAAGUUGCCAUACUCAAGCAGUCGCAUAUGUUACCGGUGCUACUGCCGCAGACAAGUUGGUGCAGGAGUACAAUCUUGCGUAAUCGCGGUUCUUAGACAGAUAGAAUUAGACUCACUGCGAAAAGCAGAGAAUUAUAUCCACUCCGGCCCGCCGGACUUCCCCUAUAGCGAUUACUUGCGUCUCAACAAGGCAUUGAAAUCGUGGUUUCAACAUAUAAGAGUUUCGGUUUUUCCGUCGCAUCCUCGUAUACGAUAGUCAUACUAAGCCUAAUG